AUGCGGUCGACGGCACUGCGGCUGUACAAGAUGCCGAAGAACAUGGGCGUCGCGCCGCGCUUUGAUGUGUGGAAUGAGUCGUACGAGCCAUGGCAACACAUGAAGCGCAUGGGUCGGCUGGUAGGCACCGGCUUCUACAUUCCGCCCGAGUGGUACAACCACUUCCGCAUGUUUCCGCCCAUAAAUCACAACUUCCAGCAGGAGAAGACACUCAACCCGCGUAACGAGAGCGAGCCAACGCAGGACGACACGGGGUCGCUCAGCCAAGAGCGGGCGGCACUCCGCGACGAGUUAGCGCGGAAGAGUCGGCUGCUGGCGUCGGAGGGGAUGCGGUAUUACAACAUCUUUUGGGUGCGCAAGCCGCUUGACAGGAUGGAGAAGGAAUACUACGAGCUCAAGAGGAAAGGCAUUGCCCACAGCGAGGCCAUCAAGAAGGUGCUGGAGGGCUUUUACAAGGAGUUGGCGGUGAAGAAGCGUGUGGCAGCUGUGCAGGCAGAAGAGGCGAAAUUAUCGGGGCGGUUUAUCACAAUGCGUGAGGCAACUGUUGUGCUGAACGUCCUUGCCCAGUUGCAUCGCGAACAGCUCACACCGCACCAGGUGACGCUUCUUGCACGGGAACAGCACCAGGCUACAGAGAAGGCAAGUGGACUCACGGCAACGGUGUCUCGCGUGUCAGCUCCAGCAGCGGGCAUAGAUGCGGAUUCAACAGCGUCAAAAGAAUCAGGCUCCGACGAGGCCCUUUCGGCAGAUUCGCUGGCGAACAUGUUGGAGGAUGAUCAUGCGAGCGGUGCUGGGACGCAGUACCAGGUGGAGGUGAAGCAUAGCGCACGCGACAGCGUGAGACAACUGCAUGAAAAGUCGACAGACGACACCGGUUCACCCGAUUGGUACACCGGUGCGUCGCCUGUGUACAAUGGCGCCGCGUAG